GCAUUGUUCAAUGAGGAGGCAAUGAGGAAAGACAUGAGCACAGAUCAGACUCAUGCCCCUGUGACGGAGAAUCGAGGAAGAUCACAAGGAAAGCAACAAAGAAACAGUAGAGGAAAGUGGCAAAGCAGAGGCAAAAGUCAGGGGAGAUCAUCGGAUGGUCGAAAACCUUCUUAUACCUGCCACCAUUGCGGUAUAGAGGGUCACAUGAAGAAGAAUUGCUACAAAUUGCUAGAGGAGCGAGGCAAGAGCAAUUCUCAAGCUAAGAACAAGGGUGGUGAAGCGCUCAUCACAAUCUCAGGUGAUGUGGCGUAUUGUACUAUCAAUGAUGAAACGUGCCUUCACGUCUCAAGAGAGGGCACUGAAUGGGUGGUAGAUACUGCAACAUCCUACCAUGUUACUCCCCACAGGUACUACUUCACAACUUACAAAGCUGGAGACUUUGGAGCAGUAAAGAUGGGCAAUUCCAGUUCCUCUGGAAUAGCUGGAAUUGGUGAUGUACAAAUAAAGACGAGUACUGGGAUCACAAUCACUUUGAAGGAUGUCAUACAUGUUCCAGACCUUCGUCUCAAUCUCCUAUCUGUGGUAUGUCUUGACGAACAGGGGUAUGACAACCACUUUAACAGGGGCACCUGGAAAAUGUCAAAGGGCGUUUUGACAAUCGCUCGAGGACAUGUUUGUGGCACAUUGUACAAAACCCAUUUGAGGAUUUGUACGGAUAGCCUCAACAUUGCAGAAGAGACUUCUCAUAAUCUGUGGCACCUGAGGCUCGGCCACAUCGGUGAGAAAGGUUUGACUACCUUGAUGAAGAAGAACCUUAUCAACAUCAACAACAAUGCUGCACUGGGUCCUUGCAGUCAUUGUCUGUUUGGACUGUGUUGUUGGUCUGUUGUUUGCUUUAGUUCCAGUUCUUGGAGAAAAUAGUGGAAUUCUGCAAGGAAUGAUUGCGACGGGAAAAUUGUUGGUGAUCCAAUCCUUUUUUUUCUGCUGCAUCUGUUUUAACAUGGUCCUUUGUUCCUCAUUUUUUAAAGUUGACGGUUCAGUUGUCUCCUCAAGUGAGUAACAUUUGUGUUAUACCAAAUUACCAAUGUUAGACUUUCUCUACACUAGUUUAGUAUGACCCCCUAAACUAUUUGGUAAGCUGCAUGUAAUCGUUGCUCCUUGACUGUUGUAUGCAUUCCCAGUUCAAUCAUGGAGCUGUACAUAAUGACUAUACAUCCUACAUUCAACAAGAAUUGUGCCAAAUAUGCCUCCAUUUAUUUGAUAGGAUCUUUCCCUUUCACUUGAUUCAAGAGAGUCUUCAAUUGUAAUUUUUAUUCCAUCAACUCCCUUCC